AUGUCACCAUCUUCCCGCCCCUCACAGCAACCCGCGAGUCGCGCAGGAUCAGUCAAGCCCGAGACUGUCGAUUCCCCCGACCAUGACUUGUCCGACGACUCGUCCACUGGGAAUGCGCCCGGCACCCCUGCCGGGUCUUCCAAGGGAGUCCAUUGCACCUACGACAAGCCUUCCAAUAGGCGAAGGAACCCGGCGCCACAAUAUAUCGAGGCUUUAGAGAACAAGCUGUCCCGCGCAGAGACUCUGUUGCGCAAGUUCAUGCCCGAUGUCGACCUCAACGAUCCCAGUCUGGAUCCCUCCGUACAGCAGGAGUUCCGCAUGCGCGAACAGGCCAGGCAAAAAGCUGUCGCCUUGAAGAAGGAGCAGUCGAAAUCACCGGCAGGCGAAGGUCAACUGCAGUCCAUGAUUGAGACCGUCGGCCAGCUCGACCUAGACGAGAGGGGUGAUUACGAUUUCCAUGGCACCUCGUCCGGCUCCGUCUUCUUCAAGCGGAUGAAGGAGCACUUCCGUGCUCUUCUAGGGAGAGACUAUCAGGUUCCCUUCAUGCCGCGGCCCCCUCGACCCGCCGGUGUUUUGAAUCUCGACUCUCCCAGAUCGGCUUCGAGCUCCCCGUGGCAGCGCAGCAGUACUCCAGACAUACACAAUUUACCACCAAAAGAGAGGGCCAUGGCGCUGUGUUCAGAGUCCCUGGAUAAUGCGACAUGUCUGUUACGCAUCGUCCACAAACCCUCAUUCUAUGCCAUGCUUGACGGCCUGUAUGAAAGGCCCGGGGCGGCCUUCGGAAAAGAAGACAAUCGGAACCUGGCCCUGGCUUAUUCGGUAAUGGCGCUGGGUUGCAUGUACACCGUCCCUGACGACGAGCCCGUCGAGGCUUCACCUUACAAGAUAUCGAUUGAUGAAGCGCUGAAGUACUACAGUUCAGCGAGGUCUUUGCUACAAGACAUCACCGAGUGUCGGGAUCUGGCAUCUCUUCAAGCCCUUCUAUUCAUGAUCCUCUUUAUUCAGUCCAUAUCAAACCUCAGCACUUGCUACGGGUUCGUUGGGAUUGCUUUGCGAUCGGCGCUGAGAAUGGGCUUGCACCGGCACUUUCCACAUGUCCCAAUGAAUCCAAUCGAGUCCGAAACCAGACGAAGGGUUUUCUAUAUAUGUCGGCAGAUGGAUACUUACGUAUCUGCCUUGCUCGGAUUUCCAUUACUUCUCAACGACGACGAUAUCGAUCAGCCAUUACCCACCCCGGUUGACGACCAAUACAUCACGAAGACCGGAAUAUCGGCCCCGCCGCCGGGCACCCCUUCCUUUUUUGAGGCUUUCAACGCGCACGUCAAGCUGAUGGAUUUGUUGAGCAAGGUGGUCAAGCACAUUUAUCCUCUGAAGGGUAUGGAGCAAAACACAGUAGAAGGUGACGGCCCUCCAUAUGCAUCCUAUACAAUCAGCUACGCCAAAAUCAAGGAGAUGGAGGAUGAGCUACAACAAUGGAACGAGCAGCUACCGGUUACCUGGCGUCCAAACCCCGAAGGACCUGUGGAAGUCGUCCGAGUUCGUAAUCUGCUUAGGUUUGCGUACGCUCAUGUCCAGAUGGUGCUGUACCGGCCGUUCUUGCACUACGUUUCUCCCAGGAUCUCUGCCGGGAAAAACGUCAACGAACGUGCGUACGCCUGCGGAGCUGCUGGCAUCAGCGUGGCGCGGAAUAUCGUGCAUCUUGGAACCGAAAUGCGAAAACAAGUCUCCCUUGUAGGCCCGUACUGGUUUACUCUCUUCUCCGAGUUCUUUGCCAUCAUAUCCCUAGUAUUCUUCGUUUUGGAGAACCAGGACAAGCCCGGAUCGACAGAGAUACUAGCCGACGCUGUAGCGGGUAAAGAUAUGAUCAGUGAACUCGCCAAGAAGAGCAUGGUCGCGGAUCGCAUAUCCAAUACUUUGGAGAUGCUAUUUGAACAACUACCUGCAAGUCUGAAGAAAGUGAAGGCUCGAGCCGCGUCGAGGAAGCGGCCGGCAUCAGGACCACGAGCUGACGGAGGGUUCAAAGCGGUCCAGCAAGUGUAUCCUGCCGAGUCAUCACGGCGCCCGACGGAGGUGGUCAGCCGGUCCGGGAACAGCUCGAGAAAUACAGGAAGAGCAUCAGCUGGACCGGUCCAACUGGGAGGUCCCCUUGACAAUGCUCACCUACCAAAUCAGGAAUUUGGAGUAUCAUUCUCUUCCGGCUUUCCAUUUUCACCACUGGAUUUAUCAGCACCAUCCCCCGAAUCUCUGGCUACUACAGGCAUGCACGAGCCUAGCCGUCUGGACCUGCCGCACGGCACGACCAGCGCAGCUCAACAGAUCCACCGGCUGGAUGCUAUUAUGUUCCCUUCAGAUAAUCCCUUAGAGUACCCGACCCAGCCACCCGUUGAAUUCGUGGCUUACCAGCCCGGAGUACAAGGCGCCAGCCAGGGGGGCAUCCCACAUCACGGUCCGUCUCAGUAUUACAUGCCCAACCUCUACGACGGCAUCGAGGGGCAGCUCCUAGGGCCCCUUCCGCCUUAUUUGAUGCAGACACAAACUCAACCAGCAUUCAACUUUCCGACACACAUGUACUCCGAUCCCAUGUUGCCCUCACAACCUUUUCAUCAGGCACAACAUCGGCAUCCGCAGCACCAGCGGCAGCGGUUGCAAGGGAGAGAGUUUGAUGAUUUAGUAGGUAACCCUUCAUGGCAUGGGAUGUACCCCCCGCACGGAAUGAACUAG